UGACCUGUCCCACGUGACAGGAAAAAGCAUGGGCCUGUGCGCGCGGGGGUGGGCGCGCGUGGGGCUUCCAGCCGCCCUCGCGGAGAGGGGAGGGUGGGCCCCCUGGCGGCCAGGGCUCCGUCUCCAUGGCAACGGCGGAGCGGCCUACCGAGGCGGGAGUACGGGCCCGCGAUGGCGGCGGCAGCGGGAGGAAGAGUGGAGUCAACGGAACAAGACGGUGCUGACUUACCUGGCGGCCGGGGUGGUGGGCAUGGCGGGCUUGUCCUACGCGGCGGUGCCGCUCUAUCGGCUCUACUGCCAGGCUACUGGACUUGGUGGAUCAGCAGUAGCAGGUCAUGGUUCAGACCAGAUUGAGACGAUGGAACCUGUAAAAGAUCGCAUCAUUAAAGUUACCUUCAAUGCAGAUGUACACGCAAGCCUUCAGUGGAAUUUCAGGCCUCAACAGACAGAAGUAUAUGUUGUUCCAGGGGAAACUGCACUGGCGUUUUACAAAGCAAAGAAUCCAACUGAUAAACCUAUCAUUGGCAUUUCUACCUACAAUGUAGUACCUUUUGAAGCUGGGCAAUAUUUCAACAAGAUACAAUGCUUUUGUUUUGAAGAACAACGACUUAAUCCUCAUGAAGAAGUAGACAUGCCAGUAUUUUUCUUCAUUGAUCCUGAAUUUGCAGAAGACCCAAGGAUGGCUAAUGUUGACUUGAUUACUCUUUCAUACACUUUUUUUGAAGCAAAAGAAGGGCAGAAAUUGCCCCUUCCGGGCUACAAUUAAUAAAACACCACCUCGAUUGGAUUCCUGUGCUCUUCGAUAUUGAUGACUCAGAGGCUAUGGAGGAGGCUACUGAAAAACAAAACUGUGCUCCAGAUGUUGAAUAGUAAUAGAUGUGCCAUUCUUUUGAAGAUGCAAUAUUUAAUUUUAUACAGAGCAACUAUGAUUGUGAAUAAAAAUAAACAAUACUCAA